AUGGAUACCAAGUCAACGAACCCUCGCCUGACCUCUGAGUCACUCAGUCUGUCCAGCGGCAGCAAUUUUUCAACUCCCUCCGCUUCAGUCGUCUCAACUCCUACUUUAGAGGCUGGCGAGUUUAUCGGCAGCAUCCCACCCAAAGUCUCGACAAACCCUCUACCACCUCUUCUGCGAGACUAUCCCCAGCCUGCCAAAGACAUCGACGUGGAGGAGGCUCUUGAGCGCCAGCCCGGGAGAUGGAGCCUUCAGGGACAGAUGAAAGCAAAUCAAAAGAGGGCACAAAUUGCGGCAUCGCGAUCUGACGACAAGCAGCAGAAGACGAGGGACUUUGAGACGGCCAAGCGAGAGCUGCUGGCCUUUCACGAGGGCACGCUGCGGAAUGCUUCUGGCAGGAAAUGA